GAAAAUGGCCAGAAAAGAACUUCCAACCCGGAAGAAGAACAAAGCGGAGACCCCAGCUCUUGGUCAACCCUUACAUCUGAGCUCCCUAUAUGACUAUCCCUGGGAUAACCUCAUCCCUGACCCAAACAUCAGUGGAAGAAACUCAAGGAAGCUAGAAUUAAAAAUUGUCCUUGUGGGGAAAACAGGGUCUGGAAAAAGUGCAACAGGAAACACACUCCUGGGCAGGAGAGAGUUUGAGUCCAAGUGUUCAGGAGGGUCAGUCACCAAAAUCUGCAAGAAAGCCAGAACCACAUGGAAUGGAAGGAACAUUUGUGUUAUUGAUACUCCAGGCAUUUUUGACACUGAUAUCACAGAGGAAAAAAACCUGAAUGAAAUUGCUCGUUUCAUGACACUGUCCUCUCCAGGACCACAUGCUCUACUCCUGGUGUUGCAAGUGGGCCGUUUCAGCCAGGAGGAGAAGGCAGCCAUUGAACGCCUUUACAAAAUUCUAGGACCUGAAGCAGUGAAGUUUUUGAUCAUUGUAUUCACUGGAAAAGACAAACUAGGAGAAGAAAGCCUAGAAGAUUACUUAGGAACCAUUCAUGACUCUUAUUUCAAGGAGUUGUUGGAGAAAUGUGCCCAUCGAUGCUGUGCAUUUGACAAUAAUGCUACUGGAGCCCAGAGAGAUGCCCAGAUUUCAGAGCUGAUGGCCAUGGUUGGAAACAUGGUGCAAUAUAAUGGGGGCAGCCACUACACCAACAAUAUAUAUAAAUCUAUGGAAGCGCUCCUGCAGAAAGAGACAGAAGAUCUUCAGCAAUGCUACAAGGAGCAGUUUGAGAGGGAAAGAGAAGAAAUAAGAUGGAAUUAUGAAAAUCAAAUACGAGAGUUGAAGAAGCAAAAGCAAAAAUGGGAAAUAGAAAAGAAAACGGAAAAAUUUGAAAAGAAAAUGCAAAAUGUUAAGUGUGAGAUGAAGCAAGAGUUUGAAGCGUUAAACUGGAGGUACCAGAAAAAUUAUCACUAUGCCCGAAAUGAGAUGGAGAAUAAUGACAAUACGCUUUUGAAAAUGCUUAGUUUUAUUUUGCCCAUUGUCGUAAAUUUUGCUAUAUUUUUGCUUAAAAAGGCCUUCUGAGGGACAGAUAUUUGAUGUAGUGGAUAGAGGACCAGCCCCAAAGUCAGGAGAACUUGAGUUGAAACCUGGCCUCAGACACUUAAAACUUCCUGGCUGUGUGACCCUGGACAAGUCACUUAAUUUCAAUUGCCUCAGUAAAAAACAAACAAAAACAAAAACAAAAAAGAAAGCAAGUCUUCUGACUGCCAGAAUCAUUUCAUUUUUAGUUUUCACCAUAUGUGCUGUCAUUACAAAGUGAGGCUAAGUAAUGGAGAUCACAUGGUUAAUAAUAACAAUUGAAUCCAAGUCUCCUAAUUACAGGCUAGUGUCAUUUCACUGCUUUCUAAAGAGCAAAUCCUUUUGGAAGAAUGCAUUAUGAUAUUUUGCAGUAGCAGAUAUAAUUUCUUAAUAUCUCAGGUUCAUUUUUUUAUGUUCUUAUAGAAACAAGCAUCUUGAAACCAGGAGAUUGCAAGAAAACAAAACUCAUUCUGUAGAAUUAUGAGCUACCUGUCUGAGUUCUAUUGUGUCCUUUCCCCCACCCCACCCCAUCCCACCUCUUGCCCCCAAUAAGGAUUUUAUUUUUUAUUGGCCAUUACUUCUAUCAUACUCAAUCUUUAAGAAAUGGCUAAAAACUCAUCAUCCCUUCCCAAAUCUUCCCUAACUCCUCUCUUUUUCCACUCUGAUGAUGUCUGUUCUCUCCUUUUUACAGCACUUCAUAUGUGGAUUUUCCCACAUUGUGAGUUACACAUUGCCUUGUAAGUACUAACAUUUUGUCUCACAAGGAUAUAUUGUUUUGAUAAACAUAUUGUAAAUUCUUUAGAUAUGGAAGGCUGAAGCUUCUACUUUAAUUGUCACUCCUUCUUAGAAGCCCUUCCCAAGACCCAUUCUUUUUAUUUACUAAUAUGGGUUUGUAAAAAUCAAGAAGCAGGGGUAAGUAGAUGGCACAGGAUAAACCACUGGCUCUAAAGUCAAGAGAAUCUGAGUUCAAAUCCGGCAUCAGACACUUAACACUUCCUAUCUGGGCAAGUCACUUAACCCUACUUGCCUCAGCAAAAAUUCAAAACAAAAAAUACAAAAAUCAAGAAGCACAAGUAAUCUCAAGUUGAAGGAAAAUUUGCUUAUUGUCACAUACAUACCUGCCGUAAUACAUACCUGCAGGUAGCCAAAGAGUAAUCCUGUAAAAUUUCCCUGUGUUGCUCCAAUUUUUAUUCCUUUGAUCAAACAAUUACUCUGAUUUCUUCUCUUUACCAAACAUUGCUUUCCAUGUGACAUAAUAUUGAUGCAAGUUCUAUUUUUUAUCCUGAAGAAAUUCUGUUUUCAGAUCUCCUUACAAACAAUCCUACAAUUUUAUCAACUACUCUAUUGCCUCCUUUUUCGAUUUUACAAUUUUAUGGGUCAACACAAAUUAUUUUCACUUACAACAACAUUCUUUUACAGUCAUACACAAAAUUUAAGUCUUUACUAUCAAUGUGAAAUUGAGUUCCUUAAAGUUAACAAUAAAUAUAAUAAAUAACAAUAAAAAAAUUUUGAACCAAUAAAAAAAAUGAAGGGUCAGAAAGAUAAAUGUGCUUGAAGAAGGCAAAGAAGAAUGGGGAGGUUUGGAAUGAAGAGUUUUUACAAGGGAAGGUUGUGAAAUAAUUGUGGGGAUGAGGUGGCCAAUGAUUAAACCACACUCCUGUCAGAAUUGAUUCAAAAAGGGUGAAUGCGUAUACAUACUCAGUUGGAUAUGGAAAUCUAUCUUAAGUAACAGAGGGAGGGGAAUAAGGAAAAGGAUAUGGGAUGCUAAAAAGAAGGUGAAUUAAAGGAGGGGGCAAUGGCCAGUAGCAAAAUGACCUUUGGAAGAGGGGCAAGGUGAAAAGAGAGAAAAAGAUAAAACAGAAGGAAACAGAAUGGAGAGGAAUACACAAUAAUCCUAACUAUGAAUUUGAAUGGGAUAAACUCAAUCAUAAAAGAAGCUGAUAGAAGAAUGAAUUAGAAACCAGAAUUCAACAAUACUUUGUUUGCAAGAAAAACUUGAAACAGAAAGAUAUAUAUAUGCAGUUACAAUAAAGAGCUAAACUAGAAUCUAUUAUGCUUCUGUGAGGGAGAAAGAAAGAAAAUAAAAAGGUAGGGUUAGCAAUCAAAAUCUGAGACCUAACUCCAAUGAAAACAAAAAGUCUGCAUCCAGUGAAAAAAAUAUAAGGGGAAGGUGGGAAAUAUCAGACAAUCUCAAGACAUCAUCUCAUGUCAUGGGUCCACUUUGAGAAAGAAAGAACUAAGGGUUUGGAGCAGAACCAGAAGAUCA